AUGUUUUAUCCGGAGAAUUCACUGAAAAAAGGGGGCAGAUUUCAUUUAUGUUGGGUGGCGGAUUCCUGGCCUGCCUGUUUUGCUUCGAUAACCCAACGCCAACUAUGGUCUCAAGAUAUUAGAAAAAUUUGCGAUGACUUAUUACAAGUUAUGACCAAUGAGUCUGGUCGCCCGUCACACCGAUUUUCGCUCCGUCUCAGCUCUCAACUCAUGCGGGGACUAGUCCGGCUGUAUCAGAAGAAAGUCAACAGCAUGAUAUCUGAGUUAUGCAUGCUUAAUGCAAGAAUUAUGAAGAACUCAAAUAAAAAAUACCACAUGCAAGAUGAAGCAGAAGAGGUACAGAGACAUAUGGUGCCGAUGUUGGAACUGCCAGCUCCGGUGAGGGAACCUGUCCCGGAGCCAGAGGAAAGAGUCGAGGAAAUGAUACGGCAAAGUGGUAAUGUUGUGCCCAACAUUGAAGUCAUCACACUGAAAGAAGCCGCCAUUCCCGACUUCCAACUUCCACCAAAUGACGGCUUCGGCGAGGAGAACCCCGACCAGGCCCUGCAGCUCCUGCUCCAGGACCGCACGCUGGAGCAGAUGCUGGGCGCGUCGCGCGCGCACGCGCACAGCGCGCUCGACGCCGCCGCCCCCGCCCACGCCGACCGCACCGGCCCCGGCGCCAACCACUCCAGGCGAGAGCUGGACAAGACUAUGGAACGCAUGUCCGACCACGAGACCACUUUAUUCAGAAAAUCUACAGCGCAGGAUCUAUUGCCUGAGGAAUUUGAUAAAGAGAUCCCAAUUCCUGAAAUCCCGCCUCCGGACCUGCCCGUUCCCACUGAAAAAAAGUCUCCGACGCCGGAGCCGGAGCCGGCGGUGGCGCCUGCGCCGGCCGCACCGACCGCGCCGGCCGCGGAGCUCCCCGCGGCCGCGGAGCUCCCCGCGGCCGCGCAGCCCGCGCCGCAAGAGCCGGAGAUCGUCACAUUAGAGACGCUGGAAGAGGGCGAGCCGCAUGCCAAGCGCCGCAGGAAACACAAACUGAUCAUAGACAAGAACCAUCAGCUCUCCAAGAAGUUCCUUCGCGCGAGAAUCGAGAACAUUCAUGUCGACUUGCGCUGUGAGGAGUUUUCUGAAGACAUCGUGGACCUGCGCGUGCCGGCGGAGCUGCUGCUGCACCGACCCGCGCGCGCCGGCGCCCGCGUGGCGCGCGCGCUGCUGCGCCUCUUCUCCAGGAACCUGGGCCUGGCUGCUGCCGCACACAAAGACCAGAGAGAAAUGGAGCUCGCUCUUGCUUCACGCGCUCGACGCGCCUCCGUCCCAGUCCUCGAGCCCAUCCCCGAAGAACCACCGCAAGUGCAAGAACCGCAGGUGCAGGAGCAAGUGCUUGAACCACAAAUAUCGGAGCCCCAACUGCCGGUAGAGGAGCAGACCGUUCUGAACCAGUCCACUGCGGUGCCGGACCUUAGCGCUGUCGACGUGGAAAAGGACAUUGCCGACUUGCCGACGCAGAAGCUGGCGGCUGCGACUCAGAAGAGGGCCUCGCGGGAGGAUCUAAAUACGAGUCGAACAAAAAAGUCGAAAUGCGGAUACACAUCCUUCAAAGAGAGUCAAUCUCAAAACCUUCGGGUCGAGCCAGCAAUCGUUGAAAAAGAGAACAUCCCGGAAAACUGGCAGACAAUACCGCCACAUCAUGAAGAACAGCUGAUCAUACCAAACAUAGAGAUACAACGACCGUCCGAUCCGGAACGAGUCCUGACUUCGCUGUUACAAGAGGCGGGUCUGGCCGACGUGCCGCAGCCCUCGCAGGAGCAGCCGCAGGAGGCGAGCAGGGCGGAUGAGGAGCCGCCUCGCAAGAGCCGCCGCCGCGGCAGCGAUAGCUCGGAGACCAUGCUGGGCAGUCUCGACCGCACCAAGGUGUCGCUAGGCGACUCCGACCAGACUACUGACUCUAAGAGAUUUAUUCGUGAUCAAUGGGGCACGGAGGGCACGAUGGUGAAGAUUUUGAAGAUGGUUAAAGCGGAGAUCCAGCCUCUAAACAUGAACUCGCUCAUGGCACUCGGGCCUAUGGUUCCAGGCUACAAGUGUAUUAUCGCAGCUCGAUGUUUCACUUCAAUACUAAAACUGAAACAACACGGCUUCAUAAAAGUACGUAAGGAUCCGGACACUUUGGAGAUACUCGACAUUUUUUUGGGUCCUAAAUUUAAUAUGUUUUAA